AUGACUUUUGCCUUUCGUUUGUUAUUAUUCCAAACACUUUGGGCUGUUCAUCGGCUACAAUGUGUCACUAAUACACAAGAAGAUAUUUGGUGUGGAUGUGGAUACGGGAGAUCGGCACUUGGACCUUGUGUUGGUGGUGAUUGUCCGGCUGGAUACAUGUGCAUUUGCGACUAUUGCUGUGAGGGUUGUUUGGAUGAUUGUUACGAUUGUGCUUUGUAUCAACAGUAUUGUGAAAAUUUAAACUAUUGCGAUUUGAGACAAAAAUGUAAGCGAACGUGUGGGAUUUGUCAGGAUAACACAACGACAACAACA